AUGAAUGUCUGUAGGUUACGCUUAACAGUACCACCUGAUGAAGGCUCACAGCCUGAACAGGGAGCAAAGGAACCUGAAAGAAAAAAAAAUCUCUACCAUGUACCAAAUGGCAUGUCUCCAGGGAAACUCUCUCAUGGGAUGGUGUAUGGCGUCGUGCACCGAACUGACAACAACCAUAAAAGAGAAAUGGUGGUUUAUGGCUGGUCAGCUGAUCAGCUGAAAGAGGAGAUGAAUUACAUUAAAGAAGUGAGAGCAACUCUGGAAAAAGUAAGAAAGAAAAUGUAUGGUGAAUAUGAUGAAAUGAAACGAAAAAUACAGCAGCUUACGAAUGAACUGAAAGUGACAAAUGCUCAUCAGGAAUCCUUAGAGAAUCAUGUGCGAGUGCAGGCUGCAGCCUUAGAUAGCUUUAGCGAAAUGAACAGCUCCUUGACAUCAGCAUCAAUAGACUUGCAGAAAACUCUAGUGGAUGUUACAUUGGAGAACAGUGAUAUAAGGGAACAAAUAAGGAAUUUAAAACAUACACAUGAGCAAUCUAUGGAAAAGCUGAGAGAGAAGCAAAAGCAACUGGAAACAGCACAAAUUGAAAAUCAGUUACUGAAAUUAAAGGUGGAAUCGUCGCAGGAAGCCAAUGCAGAAGUCAUGAGAGAGAUGACAAGAAAACUGUAUAGUCAGUAUGAGGAAAAAAUGCGAGAAGAGGAGCAGAAACAUAAAGCUGAGAAAGAAAUACUCCUAGAGGAAACGAAUCGGCUUCUGAAGGCUAUUGAAGAGGCAAAUAAGAAGAUGCAGAUUACAGAAACAAGCAUACAGGAAAAGGACCAGAGAAUUGGUGAGCUGGACCGGCUGAUUGAACGCAUGGAAGAGGAACGUCACCAGCUGCAAAAACAACUCGAACUAAAUGAAAUACAAAUAUCUGGAGCAAAAUCUGAAAACAAUUCUGACAGUGAAAGGUCACAGCAUUUGGAGGAGGUAGCAGCUAGCCUAAGAGAGCGAAUCAAACAUCUGGAUGAUAUGGUCCACUGCCAACAGAAGAAAGUCAAGCACAUGGUUGAGGAGAUUGAAAUGCUAAGGAAGAAAGUAAAAGAAAAGGAAUUAUUUAUAAUACAGCUUUUAGAAAAAAUCUCUUUCUUAGAAUGUGAGAAUAAAGAAUUACAAGAUAAAUUAGACUAUUUAAUGGAAAACCAACCAAAGACCAAUAUAGAAACCAGAGAUACUGGUGUAGGAUGUGAUCUUCCAUACAGUACUGAGAACAGAAGAUCUCCUGAAAGUGCCAGGCCGGUGAGGACAUACACGCCAUUCAAGAGAGUGUUGGAAUUUAGCACAAAGAACAGUACAUCUUGA